AUUAUUAUUUAAGAAUCGCAUGCUUUUUUGCCCACCAUGUUUUUCAUCCCUGUUCGUGAUGCGAUUGAGAAAGGACGACUUUCAUGAAAGUGGUUUCUGCUUGAACACAGCCGUCGAAUCGGGAAAUGUCGAAUUCUUAAUCCCCUGUUUCAGCUUCGGUGGUCAUUACUGCUGUAGCCCCUAUUAACAACGAAGUUUUAAUGCGGUUUUUGUCGCUUUAAACCUGGUCAAAUUCCACUAUGUUAUCUUUACCAUUGUUGUUUACAUCCUACAAGCAUCAUCGUUUAACUUCUCAAAUAGCGGAGCUACGAACUCAACCUAAAUUUUCCCCCUUGCUUCACGUACCGCGAUCCGCUGUUCUUCUGAACUUAACAAAUCCUAAGGAUCAUAAGUUCGUAAAAUCAGAAACUUUAGGACACACUCAGUCGUCUCUACAAGCCAUGUACAGGAAGUGGCUUUAGCCGCUAUGAUAAUAUAAAAGCCCGAGCUAUCCGCCCUUUGAACUUAAGCUGCUCAAUGUACUUUUUCACCUCCUUUUGGGCUCGAAUUCGGAAAGGUUUUUCGAGGUUGACUAAUCGUCGCUAAUCCUCAGCAAUGCCGGGCCUACCCCGCAAUCGGGGCCGAAUCCUUGAUCGAGAUGAUGAGGGCGACGAAUAUCAGGCAGACGAAGGACAAAGUUGGCCAUUGAGGAUUCGCCGAAUCUCUAAUGAACGUCGGGACGCCGAUAUUGAAUUUCGAUCGCAACAUAGCUUUAAACUGUCCAUCCUUUGUCUUGUGUGUUCUGCAGCGUUUUUUGUCUACUUUGGGCUGUCGAUUUUCACAUGGGACUCCAUACUGGCUAAACCCGAUGAGCAAGGGAUGGCCAGGCUUCGUCAACUAUGGAAAAAUGUCGACAAAUCCCUGCCACCAGUAAAGAAGUUCAAACGGUUCAGCCAUUAUCUUCUCCAUCACCCUGCGAUACAUGACAACUACUGUAGUGACCUCACCUCAGUCGUUUGCGAAACUUUCUUGGCCAUGAUGCCAGAAAACGUGAGCUAUCAGGAUUUCCUUGUAAAUCCCGACCAUUGGGUUGAUGAUUUUCCGUAUAGUAACCGUAUAGAAGUGUCUGUUAAUGAAUGGCAGCCGAUGAUUGAGCCUUUGAAAAUUGUCAACCUUCAGUACAAUUUCACCGCAGACGAUCUUUCCGAAAUUGCAUCAUGUGAGAGUGCAGUUCGUGCAGUACGAAGAAUGGACGGAAGUAAGUUUAAACGGGUUAUAGGAAAGGACGAGCUGGUCCUUACUAUGGAAUCUGCGAAGCUUAUCGCCCUGGGUGCGUGCAGAUGUCCCAGCUCUCAGCAUCUGCACGUGGAAAUUCGAUUUUCUUACAGACUUGCCCAGCUAACUACAUUUAAGAAACGAGCCGAUCUGCUCUGGCAAAUUUGCAUGAUCGGGUGUGGAACUCCCGUCGGAAUACACGGGACCAUCGAUUGGGCAAUAAUCUGUGACGUCUUCCUUUUCAUGUCACCCGAUCUGCGAGCGCUUCAUAAAUGUAAUUACUUCCCCGAAGCAGCUACCAAAUGCGACAAAGUACAAACGCAUGCGUUAGACUGGUGCGGCCUCAGCCUGCAGCUAGAGGAGGCAGACGAGUACCCUAAGGAUUUGAAGCCUACGAUGAGUGAGGUAUACAUUGCAGAUAUAACAGACACAACAGGACCGGUGCCCACCACUGACAAGAUGAGUUCAACAGGAGGCCAGGUGAGGGAAACAGGAUCUAUGACGACCAUUGGCAGUACGAGCGCAACAGGAUUGCCGCCUACCAUUGGCAAGAUGAUCACAACAGAACGGAUGAGCAAGCCGAAAAAACGAAUAGUUGGGAAGCCCUCGACAAAAAGGGAAGCAAAGAUAAUAAAUCAGAUAAGCUGAGUCAAUAAAAAACUAUAGAUUCGGAAACCAAUUUACAAUAUACGAGGUG